AUGGGUAUCUUGGAAAAAAUUAGUGAUAUUGAGAAAGAAAUAUCUCGCACUCAAGUCAACAAAAGAACAGAAAUGCACUUGGGUUUUUUAAAAGCCAAAUUAGCUAAAUUACGAAGUGAAUUGUUAGAGCCCACAAGUAAAAAUGGUCCAAAAGGAGUUGGAUUUGAUGUCACAAAAAGUGGUGAUGCUAGAUGUGCUCUUAUUGGAUUUCCAAGUGUAGGAAAAUCUACAUUUUUAUCUACAGUUACAAAGACAGAAUCAGCUGUUGCUGCAUACGCUUUUACGACUCUUACAGCUAUUCCUGGAAAGAUCGAAUAUAAUGGAGCUAAUAUUCAACUACUUGAUUUACCUGGUAUUAUUGAAGGUGCAGCUCAAGGUAAAGGUCGUGGAAGACAAGUUAUAGCAACAUGUAAAUCGGCAGAUUUAGUUCUGAUGAUGUUAGAUGCACAUAAAGGAGAAAUUCAAAAAGAUUUGCUUACAAGAGAAUUGGAAAGUGCAGGAAUACGCUUAAAUCAACAACCACCUGAUAUUUAUUAUAAGCAAAAAAAAAUUGGUGGAAUUAAAUUCAAUAAAACAGUUCCUUUGACAAAAGUAAAUGAAAAACUGAUAAUUACAAUAUUACACUCUUACAAAAUUUUUAAUGCAGAUGUCGUUUUUAGAGAAGAUGCUUCUGUAGAUGAGUUUAUUGAUGUUGUACUUGGAAAUAGGGUUUACAUGAAGUGUUUAUAUAUUUAUAACAAGAUCGAUUCUGUAAGUCUAGAAGAGGUAAAUAGAUUAGCUAGGUUGCCGCAUUCCGUUGUUAUUAGUUGUAAUUUAAAAUUGAAUUUGGAUUAUUUAUUAGAGAAAAUAUGGGAAUAUCUUGCUUUGAUUCGAGUAUAUACCAAGAAACCUGGAAAUCCACCCGAUCUUGGACCUGAAGAUGGUAUUAUUCUAAGAGGAUGUUCUACAGUUGAAAACUGUUGUCAAAAUUUACAUAGAGCUCUUGUAAAUGAAUUUAAAUAUGCAAUUGUAUGGGGUACUUCUACUAAGUUUUCUCCUCAAAGAGUUGGAUUAACUCAUAAAUUAGAUCAUGAAGAUGUUAUUCAAAUAAUGAAAAAAUAA